GUGCGCGCUCAGCCCGGGAAAGCGGGAAAUGGCGGCGCCGAGCGCCCGCUCCCGGCCCGUCCUCCGGCCCAAGGGGCUAAUGGCGGCUGACAGGGGGCGCAGGGUGCAGGCAGUGUGUGGCAUGCAUCCUGACCACCAGGAGGCUCUGAGGAAGAACCGUGUGGUGCUGGCCAAACAGCUGCUGCUCAGCGAGCUCCUGGAGCACCUGCUGGAGAAGGACAUCAUCACCUUGGAAAUGAGGGAGCUAAUUCAGGCCAAAGUGGGCAGUUUCAGCCAGAAUGUGGAGCUCCUCAACUUGCUGCCCAAGAGGGGUCCCCAGGCUUUUGAGGCCUUCUGUGCGGCUCUGAGGGAGACUAAGCAGAGUCACCUGGAAGAUCUGUUGCUCACCACCCUCGGGGGUCUUCAGCACGUGUUGCCUCCAGUCUGGAGCCCGAGAAAUCCUGGCACAGCAGGUCCUGAUUUCUUACAGUUGAGCUGCGACUACGAUCUGAGCCCUCCCUUCCCGGUGUGUGAGUCCUGUUCGCCUCACAAGCAGCUCCGCCUGUCCGCAGAUACCGUGGAACACUCUCUGGACAAUGGAGAUGGUCCCCCCUGCCUUCACGUGAAGCCUUGCACUCCUGAGUUUUAUCAGACACACUACCAGCUGGCCUAUCGGUUGCAGUCCCGGCCUCGUGGCCUCGCCCUGGUGCUGAGCAAUGUGCACUUCACUGGAGAAAAAGACCUGGAAUUUCGCUCUGGAGGAGAUGUGGACCACAGCAUGCUCGUCACCCUCUUCAAGCUCUUGGGCUACUCUGUCCAUGUUCUACUUGACCAGACUGCACAGGAGAUGCAGGAGAAGCUGCAGGAUUUUGCCCAGUUACCUGCUCACCGUGCCACCGACUCCUGUAUCGUGGCACUUCUCUCUCAUGGUGUGGAGGGCGGCGUCUACGGUGUGGACGGCAAGCUGCUUCAGCUACAAGAAGUUUUUCGGCUCUUUGACAAUGCCAACUGCCCGAGCCUCCAGAACAAGCCGAAAAUGUUCUUCAUCCAGGCCUGCCGUGGAGAUGAGACCGACCGAGGGGUUGACCAGCAGGACGGGAAGCAGCACGCCCGGUCCCCUGAGUGCGAGGAGAGCGAUGCUGGCAGAGAGGUGCUGCUGAAGGUGCGGCUGCCCACGCGCUCGGACAUGAUUUGUGGCUAUGCCUGCCUCCGAGGGACGGCCGCCAUGCGCAACACCAAGCGGGGUUCCUGGUACAUCGAGGCCCUCACCCAGGUGUUCUCCGAGCGGGCUGGUGACACGCACGUGGCCGACAUGCUUGUGAAGGUGAACGCGCUCAUUAAGGAGCGGGAGGGCUACGCUCCUGGCACCGAGUUCCACCGCUGCAAGGAGAUGUCUGAGUACUGCAGCACCCUGUGCCAGCACCUCUACCUCUUCCCGGGACACCCGCCCACAUGAGGCCCUGUGGAGCCAUCGAGGGAGGCCACCGCACCGCCCGAGGACGCUUUCUGUUCCUCCCCUCAGGGACUGGGACUCUCCCAGCCUCUGUCACGCCUGCCCGCCGAGUCUGGGAGGACAGGCAGCUCCUGCGUGCUCCGCCUUCCUCGCGGCUCUGGCUGAACUUGUGACAGGGGUGUGGACUGCCGGGGAUGCCAUGGACACGGUGUCUCUGGGGAGGGGGCAGGUGGCUUCCUUCUUGCCGGUGUUCAGUUCCUGCCCACGGGCUUCUGUGGGUGGCUCCUGGGUGGUUGCUUUGGUUACAUCCAUGACGAGGUCUCAGAAAGCAGUUCCUCUUUCUUUCCUCUCCCACCCGCUUGGCCCUGGAGUGAGUUUGAAAAGUGUCCUUGCUUGACGUAGGCGUUUGGUUUCAAAGGGGCAGACAGGACUGGAGCCACACGGCACGUGUGUGGGUACAGCCCGCGCCCCCUCUGCCUCCAGGUCCAGGGUGCAAGGACGCCUUUCCACCCCACACUUGGCUCCUCUGGGCUCUAGGAGCCCAACCUUUUGGCUGACGUUCAGGCCUAGGGGGGCCCUUGUCUGUAACUCACUCAUCUUUGCCCGGGGACGUUCCAAAGACCUUGUCGUGAGCUGCCCUUCCUCCAAGCAGUGUUGCUGAAAUAAGCCCCUCAGAGGCGCCAGCAGAGGAGAGGGGGCGCGUCCCUGAACCCUGCCACCCUCUGCCUACGAGAGGUCCCUUUCCAGAAAGUCUUCCUAGGUGUUGUUUCGUUCUGUUUCUCCCUGUCUGCUUCAUUUCAUCCUCAUUUCAGGUUUCAUCCUUCCCCAAACCUGCUAAAUACGACCUCACUGGGCCAUUUGACUGCUCAAGGGAAGAAUGUAGAGGCCAUGUUCCUGCCUCCUGCUCAGUGUUACGUCCCCUUUGGUUUUGUUCAGCUUAUGUCUCCUGCUCCUUCUGGCUCCAUUUCAGGAAGCCCAUUGUCGUAGAUGUGUAUUUAUGCCAGGCGCGCGCUUUAUCUGUGCGUCUGUAGAGUUCUUAAAGAGCUUGCCUGUUCUUUAAAGCCUUCUCUUUUACUUCCAUUCUCGCCCCCUCCAUAUACUUUUGGCUUGGGGGUUUUAAUAUAAAUCUGAUCAUGUCAAUCCCUUGCUUAGUAGCCUUUGGUUUUCUGUUACACCUUAAAUAAAAUCCAUACUCCUGACGUUGGCCUGCAAGGCUCUGAGUUCUGGCCCCUACCUUCCCCUUGGACCUCACCAAGUACUCAUUUCCCUCUGCCAAGCCCCGGGGUUUGCUUUGUUUCUCCAGCAUUCUCAAGUCACUGCUGCCAGACCAGCACAGGCACUCCUGGGGGUCUGCUGAGCUGCACCCUCAGCUCUCUGGGCUUGGACUCAUCUUGGCCAGGGCGUAGCCUGAAUGCCUCGUUCCCAAGGAGGUCUUCCCAGCCCCUCUGUCCCUGAACAGGCUUCUGUGUUUUAUUCCUGUGCCUGUCUAUUUCCUUCAUCACACUUGCCACAUGUAUUUGCUUGCUUCACCUAUUCAUUUCUGUCUCCCCUACUAGGUCGUAAGCUCCAUGGGGACCGAAACCUUCUCUCUCAUUCACUAAUAGGUGCCCAAUGCCUGGCAUGUGUCGAUCUUCAAGAAAUGUUACAGGAAGAAACCUACUGGAAUCCUACUUUUUUACAACAUUCCCUCUCAGCAUGCACAGUGAACGUAUCUGUUCUCUAUAUUUUUUCCGUGUGUUUCGUUUUAUCCACUGGUAUCAUUAGCUCCUGAAGGCAGCGGUCACUUGGGAGACGACUCCCUGCCGUCUCCCCCGGCACCUGGCUCAGUGCCCGGCCUGCAGGAGUUCAGGUGCUCAACGAAUACUUGCUCUGAGCCAGGUGGUUCCCGGGGCUUGUUGCCAAGCCCUGCCCUUGGGUCAGUACCAUAUGGAAGUUUUGGGUGACGGGACCUUCCCACUGCCAGGAUUUUGUAUUCUACCAGGUGCCAAAUAAAUGUUCAUAUUUAUUACUGAUGUGUGCCCCAUGUCUCUGUCUAUAGAUAGCCGCCUCCUAAAGGCCACGUACUUCACUCCCUUAGCCCCUCCUGCCUUUCUCACCCCCGCCCAAGGCCUGCCCAGAGCAGAGCCCCCUCUUACCUUGCUGC